UCCACAUGUUCUCCUCUGUUAUCAUGCGUUACAAUUAUUCAGUGUUUAUAUGCCUUCCUUACACACAAAAAACAAUAUAAAUAUAUAGAAAGUUAUGGAGACCUUGGAAGGGGAUAUUCCAAGUGUAGAUUUUUCCCAGUCAAUUGAUGUAAAACCUUAUCAAUUUGAACCUUUGGCUGAUACAAAUGACAGCAGGCAAAGCACUGGUUCAGAAGAGGAGAACUCAGAUAUUGAAGAAUUUCCCAAUAGAUUGGUAAACACUGAUUGGUGCGAGUGUGGAUUUUGCAUCUCUAUGCCAACAGUAGAUGAGUGCAUUUGCUGUAAAGAAAUAGGAGCAGUCCAAGCUGAAACAGAGACAGGGGACCACCAAUGUAUAACAGAGAGUCCUAUAUUUACUGCCAAUUGCCUGAAUAGACAUGUUUUGUACGUUUCCAUGUAUGAAUACCUGCAGAAUGUUGGACCUUUAGAUGAUAACCAACCUCCUCAUGAAAUCUACAGGUAUCUUGCAUACAGAAGAUUUGUGAGAUGGAUCUGGCAUUUCCUUGGGAAAAAACACAGAAAAAUUUUGCCUGCAUGUGUAGUGACAAAGAUACGAGAAGCAUUUCCCUCAGAACAUUAUUGCGGGUUCAAAUAUGCAAUGUGA